AUGUGUCUCACAACCGGCGAUUCCUCAUCCACUGAGCGGGCCACACUGACGGCCGCCGCCAGAGCUCUGGUCCCCGAUCAUCCCGCUGCGCACGAGGCUCUUGACGUUGCUCUCAAGUCCCUAGUGCCUUCGCUCUUCUAUCACAGCUUUCGAUUGUUUAUCUAUGCUCAAGCGCUAUUGAAGACCCCAUCUGCGGGAUUGCCAGGUUCUUUCGAGACCUUCAAGGGAAUCCCGCUUGAGCCACAUGUGCUCUUCGUUGCGUGCAUCUACCACGACCUGAGCACACUAGAGAAAUAUGACAGCAACCCCAAGCGCUUCGAAAUUUGCGCUGGCGACGAAGCAGUUGCGGUGCUUCUCAAGCAUGGUGUGAGCGAAUCUGCUGCUCGGGAGGCCUGGCUCGCAAUGUCACUUCACACAACGCCUCAUAUCCCGGAGAACUUGGGAGGCGCCGCGCAGGCUGUCCGGCUGGGCAUCAGGGCCGAGUUUCGCGGAUAUCAGUUGGAAAAAGAGGCGCUGUCGGAGGAGCAGUGGAGAAUUAUCAACGAAGACCUGCCGCGUCUUGAGAUUGAGAAGGAUCUGGGAAAUGCACUUGCGCAUCAGGGACUUCGCAAUGAAGAGAAGACACCCAGGUUGACAUGGGCAGGCGAGCUUGUGAAGUAUGCAAAGGCAAACCCAGGCUAUGAAGGCGUCAACCAAAACUUCUAA